AUGAAGUAUUCUUGGGCCGCGACUGCUGUGGCUUCGAGUUCGCUGUUGGCAAAUACGGUCCUCGCAGCUUCAGCAGAUGACUGGACAAACAGGGCUAUCUACCAAGUCGUUACUGACAGAUUCGCUUUGGGCAAUGGUUCUUCACCGAGUUGUGAUACGAGUCAGAAGAAAUACUGUGGCGGAAACUGGCAGGGAAUCAUUAAUAAUCUGGAUUAUAUCCAGAGUAUGGGCUUCGAUGCUAUCUGGAUAUCCCCAGUCGUAGAAAAUGUUCAGGGUACGACGACUGAGGGUGAGGCUUACCAUGGAUAUUGGCCACAAAACAUCAAUUCCCUCAACUCCAAUUUCGGUUCUGCCGAUGACCUCAAGAGCUUGAGUAGCGCUCUUCAUGGCAAGGGCAUGUAUCUCAUGGUGGAUGUAGUUGUGAACCAUGUCUGGCCCGAGACCUUCGACUACUCCCAGUUACAACCCUUUGGUGGUUCAAACUCCUUUCACACUCAAUGCUUUAUCGACGACUACAAUAACCAGACUGAUGUCGAGCAAUGCUGGUUGGGUGACUCCGGUCUUCCUCUUCUCGAUCUCGACACGGAAAACAGCACAGUAGUAGAUACCAUGUACAGCUGGAUCAAGAACCUUGUCUCUGAUUAUAACAUUGAUGGACUUCGGGUUGACACUGCAAAGCACAUCAGACAGGACUUUUGGCCUGAUUUCGCGUCCAACGCUGGAGUGUAUACUGUCGGGGAGAUUCUGAUUGGCAACGUUACUUAUGCUGCGCCUUACACUAAGGCUCUUGAUAGUGUUCUUGACUAUCCCACUUACUACGCUGUUUACGACGCGUUUACGAAUGGCACCUCCGGCAACAUGAGCGUCAUCACCGAAAUGGUUACCCAGGCUCAGGACCAAUACAAUCAUGGUACUUUCUACGUUGGGUCAUUCGUCGAGAACCAGGAUAACCCUAGGAUUCAAUCGACCGUUACUGACCAAUCAAUCGUGAAAAACGCCAUGACAUGGCCUUUUAUAAACGAUGGAAUUCCCAUUCUUUACUACGGUCAGGAACAAGGAUAUCAGGGAGGUAACGACCCUGCUAACCGUGAAGCUCUCUGGCUUUCUGGCUUCAACACAGAGAACAAGCCUCUCGUCACCCAUGUCAAAACGCUCAACGCCGCUCGCAAACAAGCUAUUUCCUACAACUCGUCCUUCCUCACCACCAAAGCCUCCUUCAUCUCCCAAUCCUCCACGUCCACCUUGGCCGUAUCCAAGCCGCCUUUCCUUGCCCUCCUCACGAACGGAGGCUCCUCAUCUAGUGUAUCGUGGAGCAUUCCUAGCUCUGCAGGGCUGUACACUGGGAGCGAGACGCUUGUGGAUGUGUUGACAUGUGAAACAGUUACCCCAAGCUCAGAUGGGAGUUUGAGUGUCAGUGCGAGCAGUGGGUUGCCGAAGGUGCUGAUGCCUGCGGAGGCGUUGAGCAAGUCUGGCUCGUUGUGUUCUAGUCAGGCUAGCGGGAGCGGAGCGGUAGGAUUGAAGGGUUUGGGCAUGGGGUUAAUGGGCGCAGUCGUGGUUGGGAUUGUUUCGGGUGUAAUGGUAUUGGCGUAA